AUGGAGUCCUGCUCUCACCAUAUCCAAGGUCAUGUUGGAGGACCUUUACUCAUUGAUGUCAUUAGUUUGUUUCUGUUUGUUGUAGAUGCUGACUGGUUAACAAAAAUCAUGAUGCAGGUACUGCUCUCUAUUUGUUCUCUGCUAACGGAUCCAAAUCCUGAUGACCCUUUGAUGCCUGAAAUUGCUCACAUGUGCAAGAACGACAAAAUCAAGUACGAAUCCACUGCUAGAAGCUGGACCCAGAAAGAAUGA